GGAGCAGAGGAUCGCCCCUCACAGUGCGGCCGCGGCGACUGCGCCAGGGUCCCAGGGGCGGCAGCGGGGCGUGAAAGCUCUGGGGUGCAGCCAGGCCUACGUGGGUCGGAGGUCGGAGGAACCGGGGCCCCGGCGUCUCGAUUCUUGCUGAGAUCUGUUCGAUAUUUUGAGCACUUAUGAAUAACUACGUAUCUUCAAAACCAUCCACAAUGAAGCUAAAGCAGACCAUCAAUCCCAUUCUUUUAUAUUUCAUACAUUUUAUAAUAUCACUUUAUACUGUUUUAACAUACAUCCCAUUUUAUUUUUUGUCCGAAUCAAGACAAGAAAAAUCAAGCCAAAUUAAAGCAAAGCCUGUAAACUCAAAACCUGAGUCUGCAUACAGAUCUGUUCACAGUUUGGAUGGUUUGGCUGCAAUAUUAUACCCUGGAUGUGAUACACUAGACAAAGUUUUUAUGUAUGCAAAAAACAAAUUUAAGGACAAAAGGCUUUUGGGAACACGUGAAAUUUUAAAUGAGGAAGACGAAGUACAACCAAAUGGAAAAAUUUUUAAAAAGGUGAUUCUUGGACACUAUAAUUGGCUCUCCUAUGAAGAUGUCUUCAUUAGAGCCUUUAAUUUUGGAAAUGGCUUACAGUUGUUGGGUCAGAAACCAAAGACCAACAUUGCCAUCUUCUGUGAGACCAGGGCUGAAUGGAUGAUUGCUGCACAAGCGUGUUUUAUGUAUAAUUUUCAGCUUGUCACAUUAUAUGCUACUCUAGGUGGUCCAGCAAUUGUUCAUGGAUUAAAUGAAACAGAGGUCACGAACAUCAUUACCAGUAAAGAACUCUUGCAAACAAAAUUGAAGGAUAUUGUUACUUUAGUUCCACGCCUGCGGCACAUCGUCACUGUGGAUGGCAAACCACCAACCUGGUCCGAGUUCCCCAAGGGCGUCAUUGUGCACACCAUGGCUGCAGUGCAGGCCCUGGGAGCAAAGGCCAACCUUGAAAACAAACCUCAUAGCAAACCGGCACCUUCAGAUAUUGCAGUGAUCAUGUACACGAGUGGAUCCACAGGGCUUCCAAAGGGAGUUAUGAUCUCACAUAGUAACAUUAUUGCUGGUAUAACAGGGAUGGCAGAAAGGAUUCCAGGAUUGGGAGAAGAAGAUGUAUACAUUGGAUAUUUGCCUCUAGCCCAUGUUCUAGAAUUAAGUGCUGAGCUUGUUUGUCUUUCUCAUGGGUGCCGCAUUGGCUACUCUUCGCCACAGACUUUAGCAGAUCAGUCUUCAAAAAUAAAAAAAGGAAGCAAAGGGGAUACAUCUAUGCUGAAACCAACACUGAUGGCCGCUGUUCCGGAAAUCAUGGAUCGGAUAUACAAAAAUGUCAUGAAUAAAGUGAAUGAAAUGAGUAGUUUUCAGCGCAAUCUAUUUAUUCUGGCCUAUAAUUACAAAAUGGAACAAAUUUCAAAAGGGUAUAGUACUCCACUCUGUGACAGGUUUAUAUUCUGGAAAGUACGAAGCUUGCUAGGGGGAAACAUCCGGCUUCUGUUGUGUGGAGGUGCUCCACUUUCUGCAACCACACAGCGAUUCAUGAAUAUCUGUUUUUGCUGUCCAGUCGGUCAGGGAUAUGGACUCACUGAAUCUGCUGGAGCUGGAACAAUUACAGAAGUGUGGGACUACAAUACUGGCAGAGUGGGAGCACCAUUAGUUUGCUGUGAAAUCAAAUUAAAGAACUGGGAGGAAGGUGGAUACUUUAAUACUGAUAAACCACACCCGAGGGGUGAAAUUCUUAUUGGUGGUCAAAAUGUGACAAUGGGAUACUAUAAAAAUGAAGCAAAAACAAAAGCUGAUUUCUUUGAAGAUGAAAAUGGACAGAGGUGGCUCUGUACUGGAGAUAUUGGAGAAUUUGACCCAGAUGGUUGUUUAAAGAUUAUUGAUCGUAAAAAGGACCUUGUAAAACUUCAGGCAGGAGAAUAUGUUUCUCUUGGGAAAGUAGAGGCAGCUUUGAAGAAUCACCCACUAAUAGAUAACAUUUGUGCGUAUGCAAACAGUUAUCAUUCUUAUGUCAUUGGAUUUGUUGUGCCAAAUCAAAAGGAACUAACAGAACUAGCUCGAAAGAAAGGACUUGAAGGAACUUGGGAGGAGCUGUGUAACAGUUGUGAAAUGGAAAACGAAGUACUUAAAGUGCUUUCUGAAGCUGCUAUUUCAGCAAGUCUGGAAAAGUUUGAAAUUCCAGUAAAAAUUCGUUUGAGCCCCGAACCAUGGACCCCUGAAACUGGUCUGGUGACAGAUGCCUUCAAGCUAAAACGCAAAGAACUUAAAACACAUUACCAAGCGGACAUUGAGCGAAUGUAUGGAAGAAAAUAAUUAUUCUCUUUUGGCAUCAGUUUGCUACAGUGAGCUCAGAUCAAAUAGGAAAAUACUUGAAAUGCAUGUCUCAAACUGUGAGGCAAACUCCAUCCCCAUAAUAAACCUAAACUGUUAUUUCUCAUGUCAUCACCAUUUUUAACUGACAGGAUUAGUAAAAUAUUAAGACAGCAAACUUGUGUGUCUCUUCUUUCUUUCCCCCCCCCCGCCAAUUUCCUUUACCACCUAUGACUGUACCUGUCAGUGUGAGGAUUUUCCUGAACAUACUGGGAAAGCAGUGAUUUUAAAACCUCAAGUUUUUAAACAUGAUUUAUAUGUUCUGUAUAAUGUUCAGUUUGUAACUAAAUUUUAAAGUUUGGAUGUAUAGAGGGAUAAAUAGGAAAUAUAAGAAUUGGUUACUUGGACUUUUUUUACUUACAAUAUUUAAAAAUACAAGGGUAUUGAUGUGAAAUUAUGUAAAUUUGAAAUGCUUAUGAAUCAAAUCAUUGUUGAACAAAAGAGUUGUUGCUGUGUAAUUAUUGUCUUGUAUGCAUUUGAAAGAAAUAAAUAUGCCCAGACUUACGUUUUAAGAAAUUGAGACCUUUUGAAUAUAUGCCUGACAGCGUCGUCUUUAUGUAUUUAUUUUUAGCAGAAAAAUGAAGUUUGGUUUGUGCUGCAUGUAACCAAAGAGAAGCAGAGAGUCUUGGUUUGUAAUAGUUAAGAAGAUAAUAGAGCAAGUGGAACACCAGUUGAUAAUAGUCUGUAGGAGCUUGCCAUCAAACUGUGCAAUAUUCUUUUUAGUUGUUGAAACUAGGAAAAUAUCCAGACUUAAAUAGAAGCAAUUCAUGAAAGAGUAGAAUAUAAAAAACAAAUUAGAAAGCUAUUCUUUUAUUGACCAUAAGUACAUUGAGUUGUGUUUAUAUAUGAAUACAUGUUAAUAUUGGAAAAUUGUUCUACUUUAAAUUGCCCUAUUCUACUUUAUUAUAGAUGGUUUAAUCAUAAAUCUUACUUCAAAAUUAAGUUCUUUUUUUCCUUUUUGGUAGUUUUCACUGGUCUGUGUGUGCAUGUGUCAGUGACAGUAGCUUAUUAAAAAGCACCUUAACCUUUCUACAUGAAAUGAAAUAAUUUAGAAUUCUUCUGAUAAUAGCAUUCUUGCUAAGAUACAUGCAAAUUUAACUUUGUAAUGAAUCAAGAUUUAAAUUUGCCAGUUUUUCUAUCAGUAUAGUUAUUUGUGAUUCUAGAAGUAGUGUCAUGAUGUAUAAUAAGUCUUUUCAUAUGUAGUGCUUGCCUGUUGUUAUUUUGGGAUCAUCAAAGGUAUAUUGCACCAGUUAAGAUGUGUUACCAUCAGGACUUAAACAAUAUUAGGCAACACAUUUUUUUGUGUGUGUGUCAGACUAGUUACCUUAUUGAUUCUUAAUUAUGUUUAGGCAUCAAAAUACAAGAAACAGGAAAAAAUAUGAAUACAGAUCUUGUGUAAAAUACGGGAUGUUGAGAGGGCCCAGGGUAAGGGAUUUUUUUGGUCACGUCACAAACACAUAUCUGGAAGCAUUGUGAUGCAGUGUUUUGUUUUGAUUUGGUUUUUCUCAUUUUAAUUUUUCUUGUAUUCUUGUAUAUCAUGUUUUGAAUUCUUUCACUUGUGAUGGUCUAAUUUUUAAUAAAGUUUAGAAAAACUGCCAAGAAGUGAAAAUACCAAAGAAAUUCGUUGGAACUCUGCAUGUUGUGAUCUAGAAGAAUUAAAGUCAGGAUUGGUGGAGAGAAUUUUGUUUUGACGCUUUGUCUUUAGAAUAAAUUGCUUUCAAAUUUUUAAAAAAUUAUAUUUAGAAAAAAUAGCUUUUAAUGCUUAAAGAUAUUAAUAGUGUGACUUGAAAUAGUUCUACAUACAUGGGUGUGUAGUUGAUCACUGAUUCAGAGUAAAGAUCUUUGUUUGUUUUCAGAAACAUCUAUUGAGGUUUAGUCUGCAUCUAGUCCCAUUUUAUUUCUCAUAUGAUUGAAGUUUAUAAUUCCUUUCAGUCCUAAAAUGUCAGAUGUCAAGAUGCCAAAUGCCACAUCUGAACAUGAGGUUAUAAGUAGAAUCCUCUUUUCAUGCGAAUUAUUCUCUACCCCAAACAAUUUUAAGUGACUUGGAAAAUAAUGUUACCCUUUCUAAGAAGGAAAACAUUGGUGGAUCAAAUAAAACAAACACAGCUAUAAUUUUAAGAAAUACUGAUUUAACCAGGAGGUAGUUGAGGAGGAAAGCUUUCAGGAGAUUCCAGAAAACCAUUGUUUCCUGGAAAAUAGCUUUAAGAAGUCUUAAACACUUCUUGAUAUAGUAAGUUUAGUAGUUUAUCGCACACAGACUGGUGGCCCCCACCACUCCCCUUUCCCAAUCUCUGGUAUAUUUUAGCUUAAACUUCAUUAAAAAGUUUUCACUGACAGAACAAAACUAGUAUUUAUGUUUCAACUGCUACAUCCUUUUAAGUAGGAGAAUUGGUAUCCAUGAUGUUUUUUAAAGCCUGUCAAUUUUUUCAGAAAUGUUUAAAAAUAAUUUAACCUGGAAUAAGUUUUGGUUGCUGCUAAAAUCCAUAUGCUUUUAUAGUUAGAAAACAGUUCUUAUGAUACAACCUAAAUUUUUUUUUUUUAACUUUGUGAUCUCCUUUGUAAAAAAAUUCUGUACAUGUGAUGUUUUAAGGAGGCUCCACUUUUAAACAGUGUAUAGAUUGUACCACUUUGAUAAGAUUCAAUACUUACAAAUUGGCUAUUUACUGUGAGUUCAUUUUGAGUGUUAUUCUUGCUUAUUGAUUUUUUGCAUGAAGAAGUGUACUUUGUAAACAAGCUACAUAGCUUCAUGGUAUGGACUAUUUGUAACUUGAUAUCAAGUUUGAAGAAUAAAGAUGUGGAAAUUAG